AUGAUUCAGAUCAUAGUGCCUCAGUCAGUUGUGUUAACCUUUAUAGUUCUGGUUGUUACACAGGUGAAGUGGGCAUGGGAUUACCUUCUUUACCAAUCCUUCUUUCACCCUUAUAGUUACGGUAUCAAAUUACCGGAAUAUUUUGAUGAUCAUACCGUGACGCACUAUCAAAACAAUGCAGAUCAGGCCGAAUAUUCAAUAGAAUGUGCUGUUUGUUUAUGCAGGUUUGAAGAAGGAGAUGAAAUCAGAGAACUGAGAUGUGACCAUUUAUUUCAUAGAGUUUGUUUGGAUAGGUGGCUUGGCUAUGGUCGCGUCACAUGUCCCAUCUGCCGGAAUAAUCUAAGACUGGCGCCAUCUGUGGAGGAGCUUCACCAGGAAAUUAUUAUUAUCAACUUCAGCGCCACCACAUCCAGGGAUCGCUGUGCAUGGUGGCUACGUUGAGUCCAGUAUGCCAUAUUUCAGAAUAUUAUUAAUUUCGUGUUGCUGUGUAGAACUUCUAUUUCCAUGAUGAAAAGAUAUUAAUCAAUGAUGAAAUAAUUUCAAGUAUAUUAGUUUUUGGAUCU